CACACACGACCUGCUGAUUCAAAGCCAGGAAUACAGUUCAUUUACAAUCUCCAUCGCAAAAAGAAAAAUUCCCUGAAACUUAAUUGACGGAUUUGGAAUUGGACUUUAGUUGUCAGAAAGAUUGGUGCGAGAUGACGGACAAUGAUAAGAAGACCGAAGAAGAAAUCAGGCGGGAGAUCGCACGGGAAUUUGAUUUGCCUGAGCGCAAGUCCAAGAUAGCCACCAUUCUUAAGCAGAAAGACCGUGAGUACUGCAUAUGCCGCUCCUCCGACUGCUCCAGGUUCAUGAUAGGCUGCGAUGGUUGCGAGGAGUGGUACCACGGCGACUGUAUAGAGAUCACCGAGAAGGACGCUGAGCACAUCAAAAAUUACUACUGCCGGCGCUGCAAAAAAGAGAAUCCCGAACUGCAGACUAUAUUCCGCCUGGUGGCCACCGAACGUGCAGCCGCAUCGAACGCCGCCUCUACAAGUCUCAAUGCCCCGGGCGUAGGUCCAUCGGGAGCUGCGCCUGCUGCUGCACCGGUGGCGCCCGCAACAACCAGCCAGCAAGCGCCGCCACCGACCACUGCGGCAGCGAAGCGCAAAAACAGCAGCGCCCAAGAACCAAAGGAGUCGCAGCCGACUCAAGCAGGUACGAAGCGGGAUAAGGCGGCACCCAAGACUUCCAAUGUCCAGGUGAGCCCGCGGGCGGUCAGUCCGGAGAUAUUCCUCAAUCCGGAGCUACAGGGCAUCCAGCAGUGCCACGGACCCAAUUGCUGCUCCCAUGCGAGGCCGCAGAGCAAGUACUGCAGCGAUGAGUGUGGCUCUAAUCUAGCCAUCGAACGCCUAUUUCAGAUUCUGCCGCAACAAAUGCAAGAGUGGAAUAUUACGCCUAGCCGCGCCGCCGAGGAAACACGCAAGCAUCUAGAGCUCAACAUGGACGAGCUGGUGCUCAAACAGCAGGAGCAACUGGAGGAGUUCGAGAAGCAGAGGCAACAGAUACAGACUCAGCAGAAACAGUACCAAGAGAAGCAAAAGCUAAUGUUGCAGCAACAACCGCAGCAGCAGCAACAACAGCAGGAGUUACAACAACAGCAGGAGUUGCAACAACAGCAGGAGCAGGAGCAACAACAGUUGCUGCAGCAACUGCACUUGAAGCCACAUCAUGUUCAGCAACUGCAACUGCAAAUGCAGCUGUUGCAGCAGCAGCGACAGCUGUUGCAGCAACAACAGCAUAAACCGGAAAAUCCAUAGAUUUGUAAUCCCCUAAUCAUAGCAAGAAAUAACAAUAAACUGAUGUCCAAGAAAUAUUUUUCUACGAC